AUGUUGAAGUCAAUCAUUCAUUCAGAGACCUAUUUAAUCAAUAGCUCCAAUUCAAUUAAUGAUACUAGUAAUUGUGCCAGAAUUCCAUCAUUGAAGAAUGAAAAUAAUAAUAGGUAUUCUACUUUAUUAGGAACUUCAAAUUCAAAAAGAUCAAAUUUUUUAAAAGUUUGCUCAUGGCCUUUUCAAAGAAUUGAAAGUUUAAAUGAACUAAAAAGAGAAGAUGAUACAGAAGUCAGAAGUACUGAUUUGGAAGAAAAAGCAAUGACUUUUUCAACUUCAAGAAGAUCAAAUUUAUUUCCAUUAAGAAAUAAUCCAAGUUUAGAAAACAUUAAAAAAGUUUCAUCAAGAUCUAGUAAAAAAGGUAGCUUUGAACCAUCAAACCGCUGUGUUGUAAUUACAAAUAUUACAUCUUCAAUGGGUAUUAAUUCCGUUAUUCAACAAGUUUGUGGUGGUCCAUUAGAGAAAAUUGUACGUCAUUCAAAUUCAUUGGAAAUUUAUUUUAUAUUCCCAGAACAUGCAAAACAAUUUUAUAUGUAUGGUAAGAAUAGUGGUUUAUUAAUUGUUAAUGGUUUAAAAUUAAAAGUUCAAUGGUUAUUAGAUGACGAAAAUAAUCAAAUUAUAUCUCCAAAUUUAUUAAGCCAAAUUUUACACAAUGGAUGUAGAAGAUGUUUAAUAAUUUCCAAAGUUAUUCCAAAUAAGAAAAUUAGAACUGGAGAUAAGAUGUUUUAUCCAGAGCCUGAAAUUCAUUAUUCUAGUUAUUUAAAUGUUUCAGAAAUUAGAUCUGAUUUUAAUAAAUUUGGUGAAAUUAUGGAUAUUGGAUCAGUAAUUAGUCGUAAAUUGUGCUUUAGUGUAUUUUACUAUGAUAUCAAACAUGCAAUCAAUGCAAAGAAUGAAUUUGAAUUAAUUGGUUCUGAAUUAAAUUUAAAAUAUAAAGAUUGGUCAAUUUGGUAUGGUAAAGAUAUUACUGAUCGUGCUUGUUUUGCUUUAUAA